AUGCCGAGCAUAACAUCCAUACUCAAGGGCCUCGUGGCCGUGGCGCCUCUUGUGGCUGCCAUCCCUGCCGAGUACGGUCGUCGGGAAAUGGCAUCGAUGCCAAUGGCGAUGCCCCCAACAAUUACCGAGAAGGCUGAGCCCGCAGCAAAGGCAGAGGCUUCAGCAGCGGCAUCUCCAGCGGCAUCCCCAGCGGCGGCAGCAGCAGGCGGAUUGACUGAUGUUGACAUCCUCAACUUUGCCCUGACUGCCGAGCAUCUCGAAUCAAAAUUCUACAGCAUGGGUUUCGCCAAGUUCCCCAUGAGCGACUUCAUGGCCCUUGGUCUGAGCGAGGCCCAGGUCAAGAGUCUUAUGAUGGUUGGCCAGACCGAGGCCACCCACGUAACGACUCUCCAGUCCGCCAUUACCGGCGCUGGCGCAAAGCCCGUCGAGCCCUGCGAGUACAACUUUGACGCCGCUCUCGCAAGCGCCGACGCCAUGGUCAAGACUGCGCGUGUCCUUGAGGCUGUUGGUAUCUCCGCCUACCUCGGUGCCGCCCCUCUUGUCAACUCUUCCGAUGUCCUUGCCGCCGCCGGAUCCAUUGUCACCGUCGAGGCCCGUCACCAGGCUUUCAUCCGUAUCGCCGCCGGUGCCGAGCCCGUCCCCGCUGCUUUCGAUGUCGCUCUUGGACCCCGUGCCGUCUUCACCCUCGCCGCUCAAUUCAUCAAGUCUUGCCCUCAAGGCUCCAACCUCAACAUCCAGCCUUUCCCCUCCAUCGCCCUCCAGAACCCCGAGCAGGCUACCAUUGGCCAGAACCUCAAGCUCGCCGACCCUGCUCAGCCCUCUGGUGCCAUGUUCUGCGCUUUCGUUGCUCCUACCGGUGCCCAAUUCACUGACAUCACCGAUGGCAACUGCAAGGUCCCUGACGGCAUCUCUGGUGAAGUCUACAUGAUGAUCACCAAGAGCAAGGCCAUCACCGACGCCGAGGUUCUUGCCGGCCCCGCUGUCCUCCAGCCCUCAUAA